CUGCUGGCUGGCUGGCUGGCUGGGCUGGCUGGCUCUCCUCCUGUUUGCAUUGCAGUGCUCCGCCGCUCCGCUCCACCAACACCACGCUGUCGGGAGGUUAUGCCCGGUGUGUGUUUUGCCGGGAUCAGCUGAUGACGGCUGAAAUGGUGCUGGACACGCUUCCGUCUUCGCCCCUGAAUUGUUAGUAACAGCAGCCGAACAAGACGACCGUCACCGCCUGCGUCGCUAUCUCCAGGAACUGCUGGAGGCGUGUGGGCAAGGGUGUGAAAUAGUGACGGGAAAACGGGUCGCGCUGCAACACGCUAGCGAAGUAGGAGAGAGGCCGCCUUCGCUGACGUCGACGUCGCUGUUGCUCGAAGACACGAAGGUUUUACCCAUGGACGCCUUGCAGUCGCGGUCCAGAGGGGGUGGCGCGGGAGCGGGGGCUGCGGGGGCGUCGGAGCCGGCAGCGCUGCCCCCCACGGGGCUGACCCACGAGUGCGGUGUGUUCGGGUGCGUGGCGGCGGGUGACUGGCCGACCCAGAUGGACGUGGCGCAGGUCGUCUGCCUCGGCCUCAUCGCUCUGCAGCACAGAGGUCAGGAGAGUGCAGGCAUCGUCACGAGCAAAGGCACCGGGGGCCACAAUUUUAACGUAUGCAAAGGGAUGGGACUCAUCUCUAACAUUUUCAACAACGAGGCCAUGGAGAAGCUCAAAGGGAACUUGGGCAUCGGCCACACCAGGUAUUCGACGGCCGCGGCCUCGGAAGUGAUAAACUGUCAACCCUUCGUGGUGCACACCGCCUACGGCCCGCUGUCCCUCGCGCACAACGGGGAGCUCGUCAACGCCAAGGAGCUGCGUGCCCAGGUGUACGACCGCGGAGUGGGUCUCUCCACGCACUCGGACAGCGAGCUGAUCACGCAGACGCUGUGCCUGGACCCGCCCGGGGGCCUCGGCGGCAGGCCGGACUGGCCGGGCCGCAUCAAGCACCUCAUGGCGCUGACGCCCAUGGCCUACUCGCUGCUCAUCAUGGACAACGACAGGGUGUACGGCGUACGCGACCCCUACGGCAACCGGCCGCUGUGCCUGGGCAAGGUGGUGCCUGAAGGCGUGCAGGGGCUUGGCCGCGAGUCCGACGCGGACGCCUGGGUCAUCUCGUCCGAGUCGUGCAGCUUCCAGUCCAUCGGGGCGCGCUUCGUGCGUGAGGUGCUGCCGGGCGAGAUCGUGGAGCUGAGCAAGGACGGCGUCAAGACGCUGGACACGGUGGGCAGGGCUGACGGCGGCCUGCCCUCCUUCUGUAUCUUCGAGUUCGUCUACUUCUCGAGGCCCGACACUAUUUACGAAGGCCAGACGGUGUACUCGGUGCGCAAGGAGAGCGGACGCAUGCUGUGGCGCGAGUCCCCCGUCGAGGCAGACAUCGUGUCGUCCGUCCCAGAGUCCGGCACCGCCGCCGCUCACGGCUUUGCGCGGGAGUCCGGCCUGCCGUUCACUGAGGUGCUGUGCAAGAACCGCUACGUGGGCCGCACCUUCAUCCAGCCCAACACGCGGCUCCGCAAGCUAGGUGUGGCCAUGAAGUUCGGCGCGCUGGCCGAGGAGGUGGCCGGCAAGCGCCUGGUGCUCAUCGACGACUCGAUCGUCCGCGGCAACACCAUCGGCCCCAUCAUCAAGCUGCUCCGGGACGCGGGCGCCAAGGAGGUGCACAUCCGCAUCGCGUCGCCGCCCCUCAAGUUCCCGUGCUACAUGGGCAUCAACAUCCCCACCCGGGAGGAACUCGUUGCCAACAAGCUGGAGCCAGCCGACCUGGCGGCGCACGUUGGUGCGGAUAGCCUCGCAUACCUAUCCGUGGACGGCCUGGUGCAGGCCGUCCGACAUGGCGCCAAGUCGAAGAAGGAAGAUUCUGGCUACUGCACUGCCUGUCUCACUGGAGAGUACCCUGUCAAGUUGAACUGGUAAUGAAGUGGAGCUUUUAUUAUAAUCAUUUGUACUUCGUUUCCUUUAUUUGCAUUUAAUUUUAAGGAACUCAUUUAUUGUUUUUGAAGUAUUGCAAUGGACUUAGUUUGUUUAAAACUAUCAUCAGAAAGUUAAUGAACUCUUUUAAUGUUUUUUGUAAUUUUGUAGAGGACUUAGUUUGUGUAAAACUAUUAUUUUUGAAAAGUAUUGCCAGGAUUUACAAGUGAGUAAAGAAAGACUGUGAGGGUGGGAUGUACAAUUAAUAAAGGUGGUCGCAAACUCGCA